GCAUUCCCUCUUGUAACGUCAGCAAGCGAGGUGUCAGCUUACAGAUGCUUAGAAUCUUGCGUUGGGCUCAAGGUGAAGAGAGAGCCUAUUCCAUUAAUCGAACUUUCCUAUACAAAGCUGAGAGACGUGCAUUUCAGAGUGACAGGAACAGAAAAGAUAUUCUACAAAAUGAAGAGCACUCUUAUUUCGCUAUUUAUUCUUGCGUUCUUCGCUCCUUAUUCCCGAGCAUAUAUUGAUUGCCCAGAGUCAUGUGAUGCGUCCCAGUGCCCGCGUACAGAUACGUGUAAAGGUGGCCUCAUUUACGACAGGUGUGGAUGCUGUAAAAUGUGCGCAAAACUUGAAUGGGAGCCCUGUGGCAUUGACAUAAGUGGCAACGAGUGGCUUUGCGACACCAGCCUCGCUUGCAUGCCCAGGAAUUUUCCAGUAUCAAGAUGUGAACAAAUUGCUUGCGCAACCAAGCAAUGCGGUCUGCGCCAACUGUGCGAGUUGAGCCGCCAAGGAAGGCCCGUGUGUGUUUGUCCGAGAAACUGCAAAAGCGGCAAGUGGAAGCAGACGCCUGUAUGCGGCAAGAAUGGGAAACAGUACACAAACGCGUGCGAGCUCUACAGACACGAAUGCCAAUUGGGAGAAGAGGUCGGGGUGAUGUGGCCAGGGCCAUGUAAAAAGUGUUAUUUUGACGGCCAGACAUACAGAUAUGGGGACUCAAGAAAAGGAAGCAUGCCCUGCGAGAAAUGUGUGUGCCAUCAUGGCGAGUGGCGGUGUCGGACCAAGAUGCAUUGCAGGGACCAACUCAGGACUUGCAGUAUUUUUCAGAGCUCGGCCGGAGAAGAAAGCUCCACAUGUCCCCCAGGAUACUGGUGUAAAGUGCAAAUCCCCGGGAUACCCGACCAAGGCAUACCGGAGGUCGGGGUUUGUGUACCCGCAAAGGACCACGCCAAACCAUCACUGGUCACGUCUCGUACCAACAUCACAUCUACUGAAAACUCAACGAUGUCCUCAACACCCGGCGUCAUUUCAAUCUGUGACCUACCCAAGAAUCCCGGCGUUUGCCGCGCCUCCAUCCAAAGAUGGUACUACAACAAUGAGACUCGAAAAUGCAUUAAGUUCACGUUCGGUGGUUGCCAUGGUAACGCAAACAAUUUCCCGACCAAGUCCAGCUGCCGAAACGCUUGCAUGCGAAGAAAAGGUAGAAAUGACGCAAACAUGGCGUCACCAUCAACGGAAGUCAUUGCCAUGAGCACCCAAGCACCAACAGCCCCUGAUUGGAGUGUGAUUUGUAAGAUGCCUGCAGCCGCCGGACCCUGCAGGGCUGCCAUGCCUCAAUGGUACUACAACUUCAAACGUCACCGUUGCAUCAGGUUUAUCUACGGAGGCUGUGGCGGGAAUCCGAACAACUUUGACACAAAGAACGAGUGCAAAUCGGCGUGCAUGCGUAAGAAAGGCCCUAGGCCCACUUCUUCCUCUGCUACACUGACCUCAGCCAAUACAAUGGUACAUGAGCCUGAGGCAUCAUCACGUAGCCCCAAAACAUUUACCACAAAGAUUCCGACUCCAAGCAAGAGCCUAGCAACGUCAUCAUCUGUUCCCAGCCUUCCUCCCACAUGGAUGCGUGUGUUCACUUUUAGACCCCAAGAAAAGCAGCCUUACCAGUGCGCAUGCUCAGAUUGCAUGUCACAUGACGGUAGCCUUGGCUGCCAAACAUUUCACGGUUGUUACUUAGAACUCAUCGAGCAAGAAGACAAGAUAGCUAAAAAGUAUGGCUGUAUCGAGAGUAAGAAACAAUAUGCCGCCAUUUGCAAUACAAGGUCGUCUGCGCAUGCGCGACCAAGAAUAACCGUCACGUGCUGUCGGGGUGAAAUGUGCAAUGAUAUACUAAACCAUGCGCUCCAGAAAGACAAAGGAAUCAAGAUCUACGCAACCCAGGCAACUGUAGUUAAGGAGACUGCUUGGGAAGGUACCUCAGCUCCCAGCUGUUUCGACGAACACGGACAGAAGUUCUACGGAGAGAGGGCCGAAUGGAAGCCGAACGACUGCACCGUGUGUACGUGCAUUCUCGGAAGACCAGAGUGCGUGGCGACGGUUUGCCGGCACCCUAAUUGUGUGGAUGCCGUCCGUAUCAAGGGGCAGUGUUGUCCGGUAUGUCCGAUAGGUGGCAACGAGACGGAAGAGCAAAAAGAAAUGGUCAAAGCACUUUCCCAAAGCCAACUCGCCACAGUAUUCGUUAGCAUAAAGAAAGACCAGCCCGUCUGUCAAGACGUCAAGAGUGGAGAGCUGUAUGUGAUAGGUCAGUCUUGGAAGCCAGACGACUGCUCCACAUGUUUCUGCAAGAAAAAUGGGAAAGUGGAAUGCGCCCAUCAGAUGUGUGGUUAUCCUGUGUGUGCUAAUCCCAUCAAGGAGACUGGGCACUGCUGCCCUAUCUGCAGAGACGAGAUCGUCGAUGAGGGACGCGGAGAGGACGGCGGCGAUGUUGUUGACGACCCUCACUCGUGCCCAGACCCCGUGACCGGGGACUAUUAUCAUCGUUUCGAGAUGUGGCAGCAAGAUGAUUGCACGGCUUGCAUCUGUGGCUCCGACCGGAAGCUACAAUGCACCAAAAAAACUUGCCCUAAACUGCUCUGUGACAAUCCAGUCCAUAACAAAGGUCGCUGCUGUCCUAUUUGCCCCGCCGACUUCGAAAAAGGCUGUGUCUUCGAAGGCCGAAAAUAUGUUUCGGGAUCAUACAAAUUAUUGGCGGACGAAUGCACGUUGUGCCGCUGUGGUAACUAUGAAUGGAAGUGCUCAUCGUUAAGAUGUAACAACCCAUUAGCAGGAGAGUGACACCAAGAAAGCACCGGUCUCCUUAUGGGUGGACGGAAUUACGCAUUUCGCUCCUACCGGAGCUUAGUACAAUCGAUAAUAAGCAAUAGAACCUUGGCUAAAACAAGAUAGAGACCAUAUUGUCUGGAAUGGACGACGGCGUACUCUUUAUCUAUGAGGGAAUAUCACGGAUAUAUCAUAAGAAAUAGUAAACUCUUUAUAGCCAUGAGGGAAUAUCACGGAUAUGUCUUAAGACAUAAUGAAACCUUUAUAGCUAUGAGGGAAUAUCACGGAUAUGUCAUCAGACAUAAUAAACUCUUUAUAGCUAUGAGAAAAUAUCACGGAUAUGUCAUAAAACAGGCCGGUACCCAGGAUUUUUCUUGUAAGGGUGCGAAAUCCGAAAAAGUGGACCUAAUGAUUUUUUUUUUGGAAUAGGGGUGGGGGUGUGAGUUUUCUUGAUAAAAAUCUGACAGCCCCCAACCACCACCACCACCACCACCCCCCCCCCCCCCCCCCCCGAAAGAACAAAAAGGGAUUUUUUUAUUCCAUUAUAGUGUUUCCACAAGGUGGAGGAGGUAUAUUUUCGGUUACACUCUUCGACUCAAACAUACACAUUUCUGUCAGACACGGGCCUCCAACACUUCCGCAAAACAGAUGUAUAGAACUAUGCAUCAAAGAAGAAUAUUUGUCAGGCCUUUCUUGAACAUAAUAAUUUCCCUUCGCUGCCCAGGGGAGGGGGGGUUACCCCUCUCCCCCCUCGUAGAUCAUCACUCCUUGAAUCCACGUAAAAGUAUUUCUUUUUACUUGGGUGGGAGGUUUGAGUUUACUGCUGUACUGAUAAAAAUUUGACCACCCCAAAAAGGGAUUUUUUUAUCCAUAGCAGCAUAUGUUAUUAUCUGAUUUGGCUACGAAAAAGUUUGACUUAGAUUUAUGACAUACCAGAGUGAUCUAGAAGGCCUUUUUAUUCUGAUACGCUUAUGCUUUAUAGUUUUGUCUACAAAUAUCAUGUCUAUUGCGAACCGGAAGUGGUCUUUCCGCCGUUGUGGGUGGUGCGAACUGGGCACCGGCCUGAAAAGUUAGAAACUAUAUAGCGAGGUAAUUGACAGUAUCGAUGUAUUGUUCAUUGUAAAAAGUGCUUGAAUAAAAAGAAGUAAAACA